UGCUCAAGUAUUAAGGGACUUUCCUGCGCACUUUACCUUGGAAUCAGUUUCUUCCUCCUUCUCUUAAGCCUUAUUUCUACUGUGUGCGUGUCGUGUGUACUCAUUAUCCUGCGAAUUAAGCGCGACGAAAAGAAGAUGGACCAGCCCUCUGAAGAAGCACCUCUGGCCGCAGACAACCGCACGGGCAGCCAACAACCCCUGAUGGAGCGCACUGGAGCCCCAGGAGGCUCAAACAGCUAUGCUCUGAAGGUUGCGGGGAUCACCACUCUGGUCUGUCUGCUGCUGUGCGCUCAGGCCUUCACAGCGUAUAUGGUGUUUGACCAGAAGCAGCAGAUACAGGGGCUGCAGGCCAACAACCAGAAGAUGGAGAGGCAGAUGACUCUGCGCUCACAAGUGGCUCCUCAGAAGAUGGUGAUGCCCAUGGCCAGCAUGCCCCUCCUGGAGUUCUUUGAUGAUGCUAACUCACCAAAACCAACACCAAAAGCAGCAUCUAAGGUGGAGCUGACAAAGCCUCCGAGUCCUCCCAGUGUGGAGGAACAGCUCCUGGAGCUCAUGAAGGAUUUUGAGCUUCCUCAUUUCAACAAGUCAUUCCUGGCCAACCUCCAGACCUUGAAGCAUGAGGUCAAUGAGACCUCCUGGAAGAGCUUGGAAUCUUGGCUGCGUUACUGGUUGAUCUUUCAGAUGGCCCAGAAGGCUCCCACACCACUCCCAGCUUCUGUUGUCAAGACCAAGUGCCAGACUGAAGCGACUUCUGCUGCCACCGGACUGAUGGGUACCUACAAGCCUCAGUGCGAUGAGCAGGGGAACUACAGGUCCAAGCAGUGCUGGCACUCCACAGGCCAGUGCUGGUGUGUGGACGAGAGCGGCACUCCCAUCCAGGGCACCAGCACCCGCGGCCACCUCAACUGUGACCAAAUGUUCAGGUUCCGCCACACCAAAAGUGAUGCUCUGAUGAUGCCAGACCUUGUGGAUUAAGAUGAGAAUUCAAGGUGCUGGGCAACUUUCUUAAUAACGAGAUAAUUAGCACUUCUAUUUUUGUUUUAUUUCAGAAGAGAAUCUUUUACUGUAGUUCUCAGUACAGCACUUAUGUUAUAGCAUAUAUGAAUAAUUGUGUUAAUUUCUUCAUCAUACUACAUACUGUUAUUCUUAAAUUGUUGUCUUUCAGUGUUGCUCCAUGUAAUGCUGCUUUUGAAAUAAAAAUUUUUUCCAAGUA